AUCCCAAGAGCUGCGGCACUGAGGAGCUCUCCCCAUCCCGACUGCCCCAUAGCAAAGAUGAGGCUCAGACCCAUAGAUCCCAGCUGCCCCAUAGCAAAGACAGGGCUCAGCCCCAUAGAUCCCAGCUGCCCCAUAGCAAGAACGGGGCUCAGCCCCCCAAGUCCCAGCUGCCCCACACCAUGGACAAAGCUCAGCCCCACAGCAAGGGCACGGCUCAGCCCCAUAGCAUGGAUGCAGAUCAGCCCCAUAACAAGGACGUGGCUCAGCCCCAUAACAAGGAUGCAGCUCAGCCCCAUAGCGUGGAUGCGGCUCAGCCCCAUAGCGUGGAUGCAGAUCAGCCCCAUAACAAGGACGUGGCUCAGCCCCAUAACAAGGAUGCAGCUCAGCCCCAUAGCGUGGAUGCAGCUCAGCCCCACAGCAAGGAUGUGGCUCAGCCCCAUAGCAAGGAUGUGGCUCAGCCCCAUAACAAGGACACGGCUCAGCCCCACAGCAAGGAUGCAGCUCAGCCCCAUAGCGUGGAUACAGAUCAGCCCCACAACAAGGAUGUGGCUCAGCCCCACAGCAAGGACACGGCUCAGCCCCAUAGCGUGGAUGCAGAUCAGCCCCACAGCAAGGAUGCAGCUCAGCCCCACAGCAAGGACGCAGCUCAGCCCCACAGCAAGGAUGCAGCUCAGCCCCAUAGCAAGGAUGCGGCUCAGCCCCAUAGCGUGGAUGUGGCUCAGCCCCACAACAAGGACAUGGCUCAGCCCCAUAGCAAGGAUGCGGCUCAGCCCCAUAACAAGGACACGGCUCAGCCCCACAACAAGGAUGCAGCUCAGCCCCACAAAAAGGAUGCAGCUCAGCCCCAUAGCAAGGAUGCAGCUCAGCCCCAUAGCGUGGAUGUGGCUCAGCCCCAUAGCAAGGAUGCAGCUCAGCCCCACAGCAAGGACACAGCUCAGCCCCACAGCAAGGAUGCAGCUCAGCCCCAUAGCGUGGAUGUGGCUCAGCCCCACAACAAGGACAUGGCUCAGCCCCAUAGCAAGGAUGUGGCUCAGCCCCACACGGACCGCCUCAGCCCAGCGCCGCCCCACAGCGAGGAGAGGGCUGAGCCCCCCCAGCCCGGCCCCAGAGCAGAUGAAAGGGACCGCGUGCAGAAGAAGACCUUCACCAAAUGGGUCAACAAACACCUCCUCAAGCACCCGUGCAAAAAGGCGCAGCGCCACAUCCAGGAUCUGUACGAGGACCUCCGGGACGGCCAUAACCUCAUCUCACUGCUCGAAGUGCUCUCGGGGGACACUCUGCCCCGGGAGCGCGAUGUCAUCAGGAGGUUACGCCUGCCGCGCGAGAAGGGCCGAAUGCGCUUCCACAAACUGCAGAACGUGCAGAUGGCGCUGGACUACCUGCGGCACCGCCAGGUGAAGUUGGUGAACAUCCGCAAUGAUGACAUCGCCGAUGGGAACCCCAAACUGACGCUGGGCCUCAUCUGGACCAUCAUCCUACACUUCCAGAUCUCGGACAUCCAGGUGUCGGGGCAGUCGGAGGACAUGACUGCGAAGGAGAAGCUGCUGCUGUGGGCGCAGCGGGCGGUGCAGCCGUACCCGGGGCUGCGCUGCGAGAACUUCAGCAGCAGUUGGAGGGACGGCCGCCUCUUCAACGCCAUCAUCCACAGCCAUCGGCCGCACCUGGUGGAUAUGGGGCGGGUGCAGCAGCAGAGCAGCCUGCAGAACCUGGAGCAGGCAUUCAGCGUGGCCGAGAGCGAGCUGGGGGUCACCAGGCUGCUGGACCCCGAGGACGUGGCGGUGGCGCAGCCGGACGAGAAGUCCAUCAUUACGUACGUCUCGUCGCUGUACGACGCUCUGCCGCGGCGCGACCACACCGACAGCGCGACCGACGAGCUGCAGCUGCGCUGGCAGCAGUACUACAGCGCGGUGACGCUGCUGCUGCAAUGGAUGCGGCACCACACGGCGCUGUUCCGCGAACACCGCAUCCCCGGAAGCCACGAAGAGGUGGAGGUUCUGUGGCGGCAGUUCCUGCGGCUGAAGGAGACGGAGCUGCCGGCCAAGGAGGCGGAUAAGGAGAGGGCCAGGGCUCAGUUCCAGGCGCUGGAGAGCGCGGUGCAGUCGGGGCGGCUGCAGGUGCCCCCCGGGUACCACCCCCUGGACGUGGAGAAGGAGUGGGGGGAGCUGCAUGCGGCGCUGCUGCAGCGCGAGAAGCUGCUGAGGCAGGAAUGCGACAGGUUGGAGCGGCUGCAGCGCAUUGUGACAAAGCUGCAGACGGAGGCGGGGCUGUGCGAGGAGCAGCUCAACCAGGCUGAUGCACUGCUGCAGGCGGUGAGUGGGGGCUGCAGAGGUGCAGCAGUGCGUGGUGCAGUGUGUGAUGUAAUGCUGCACGGUGCAGUGCGUGGUGCAGCAAUGCACGGGGCAGCAAUUGCAUGGGGCAGCAAUUGCAUGGUGCGAGGCUACACAGCACAUGGUGCAUCAAUGCAUGGUGCAAUGCAUGGUGCAGCACUGCGUGGUGCAAUGUGGGGUGCAGUACUGCGUGGUGCAAUGCAUGGUGCAAUGCUGCACGGAGCACCACAUGGCGCAUCAAUGCGUGCUGCAAUGCAUGGUGCAACACUGCGUGCUGCAAUGCAUGGUGCAACUCUGCAUGGAGCACCACAUGGUGCACCAAUGCAUGGUGCAAUGCAUGGUGCAGCACUGUGUGGUGCAAUGUGGGGUGCAGCAUUGCAUGGUGCAAUGCAUGAUGUAAUGCCGCACGGUGCAGUGCAUGGGGCAGCAAUGCAUGGGGCAGCAAUUGCAUGGUGCGAGGGUACAUGGUGCAGCACAUGGUUGCAACAGUGCAUGAAGCACCACAUGGUGCAUCAAUGCGUGGUGCAAUGCAUGGUGCAGUACCGUGUGGUGCAAUGAAUGGUGCAGUGCUGC